AGCUAGAGCGAACGUACGUAGAGAAGAAGAAUUACCUAUGGAUGACUACUCGGAUAAUCUCGCUUUUAGAAGGGUCGUUGUGAGCGUGGCGGAGCGACUGACGGACGAAGAGGUUCGGAAACUGAUCUACAUUCGGCUCUACAGCCAGAGAGAGGCGCUCUCUCCCAAUCCACAGACUCUGGAAGUGCUGGCCACACUCGAACAGGCCAAGAUCUUCGGCCCUACACGUCCGGAAGGUCUGUUAGACAUCCUGGAGAAGGACCUCAAGAACCGCCAGUUGGCGAACCUGGUGAGAGUCUUCAUCCGGAACAGGAACAAAAAGUCGGUGUUGGUGCAAGAUCACGACGAUGACGGCCCGCGCUACGCAAAACAGGGCGUACUGUCAGAGAACGAAGAAACGGAAAGCGACUCUCGCCUGAGGAUGUGCUACAAGAUGGCAAUCAGCCAGGCGAACGUUUUGGUGCGGCAUCUAGAGGCGCUGCGCGUGGCCACCGCCAGUGAUGGAGUGGACGGGGCAGCGGCGCGUGCCGCUCUGGGCGAUAUCAGCGAGGCGGCGGUGGCGCUGGCGAGGUUGAAAGAGAAGGCAAACUUGGAGCUACUCGAGGCAUCGGCGCUCUGCGUAAGUGCGGGAGACGAAGAAAAGAGGGAACAACAAGAUUACGAGGAUGUGGACGUAUGGUUUACUGAAGAAGAUGCUGAACCUCUCCCCAGCACACCAGUUUCGGUAGUAACACCAGCCACUCUACCACUACCACCACCACCCAGACAACAGAAGCCCAGCCCGAAGCCCAAGCCUACACUGAAGCCCAAACCAAAACUGAACAAUCCAAACACAGGGCACGUUGCUAGGAGUCCUAGAUGUUUGCCUCGGUCGGGAUUCAAUAAUCCUCCAUCGCGCCCCUCUUCCUUGCCAGAGCUCCUGGAAGACACGCCAGAAAAUGGCGAGGAAAGUGACGAGGAUGACUACAUCAGCCCAGAGCAAAUCGAAGAUGAAGCCAGUGAUUACUACGAUGAUGUACAACCCAGAAGGAAUUCCAAGCUGCUCAAAAAAACAAUCUCCCUCCCCCAUAUUUCUGACAGUGAGCAACUCCCGGGUACCUCUCCCUCGCUUAGACCACUCCCAGCUCCAAGAAGAAUGCUGGAGAAGCCCCUCCCUGAUCCCCCCUCUGAUUCUCCUACUGAUGAUCAACAGGCUGCGAUGGAUCAGAACACAAACAGAGACUACACAUUGCCGGAGCCCGGUGAUGAGUAUGAGCCGAUAUACGACGAUAUUGUUGAGCACACUCUCCUGUCUAGAUUGGCAAGACCUCGGCCUAGUAGCUCAUCAUCGUCAAGCAGUGACUAAUAGGCCAAUGACUAAUAGGUCAGUGGGAACUGUGUUCAAACUAUGCACGCGUGAAUGCCUUUCAACCUUGCCAUUUUUGGCUUAGGUAACUUAAAUAAUAUAUAAUACUGAUCGACAAAUUCAUGUAUGCUAUAGCCAUUUUGCAUAAUUAUUUAUUAGCAACAGCAUGAUGAUUCGGCCAACUCCAGUAGCUAAAUACACCAUACAGAACACCGAGGAGUAAAUGAUGCAUAAAGGAUGCGGUAGAAAAACGAACCACUUUGAAGUCUGAAAUGUUCGCUCUCCUAUCAUCCUAGUACAUUUUAUCAUUUUUGACCUCCGAAGAGAUGACAACCUCCCUAAAUGCCUGAUCCAAAGUGUCCAUUAUUCAGAGGUUCCACUGUACAUUGUGAAAGUGAAAUGAAGCAUUGCUAUAUAAUGUCCAUUGGAGAGAACUAAGCUAUGGUUAACUGUGGGAAAGACUGUUGUCUGUGAGAGACGAGGUGGCAUGGGAGGGAGUGUGGCUGGUCGGGAAAGACGACCCCUCAUCAAGACCAUCAACACUUCUCGAUCUCUGCAUCCAAGCUGAAGAGAAUGGAUUAUAGUUAGUGAGCUUGCAGCAAGUAGUGCUUUAGGAUUUGCCAGUAACGACAGAAAAACAAAGCUCACCUGGCUUUUUGGGGACUUUCGGUCUGCCAUUUGAACAACUCCUACUCAUAAAAAGGACUGAAGAAUCACUCUGUGCGUUGGUGGUGGCCAGAGACAACUGAUUGUAGUAAGUGUGGCCGAGACUGAUCUUGUACCGCUGCCUCCGCACGCCUUGGCCACCAUGGAAGUCUAAGAGCCCGUCGCAUGACGAACUGCGAAUGUGGUGAGUAGUUGGCUCCGCCGAAUCGUGGGUGGACGAGAGCAGCACGGCAGAAGAGUUGUGGUUUACUCGGGGAGCUGAAACGGGACGGAGUGGGAGUUUCCUCUCCGUCGUCCAGGGGUCCCUGCGCGAGUCUGAAUCGGCGACCGUACAACAGGUCAUCAUCGUCUCGCAACGUCCGAGCGCUGCCUGCAGCGCCUGCUCAACCUCCAGAAGCUCGCGGUAAAGCCUCUCAAGUGUCUCUCGGGACAGCCCCGAUCUGGGUACGGACUCCCUGACUCUUCCCAACUCGGCCGCCAGGGAGUUGGCCUGCGCUACGUUUGCGUCGCAUAAUCCGCGGAGCUGCGUUGGGGAACGAUACGCCGUCAGAUCCCCGGCUUCCGACGAUACGGGGCUGCAUGAGAGCGAACCGGUGGAGGAGGAACGAGGCGACGAUUUGAAACACUCCACUUCCAUCACCAGGUCUUCUCUGUGGGCAGUCCGCAGUACCUCGGACAGACCUCGAGAGUCCGUGAACACUCCCUGACGAUGAAGAGUCCGCAGAACUUCCAGUUGGGCGGCCCCCGUCUCGCGGUUCUUCUCCGGGAGGCCGUGGAUGAAGCGCAGUGUCUCGCAGUCGGCGUAAGUGAGCUUUUCAGCGAUCUCGAACACCAGGACACGGAAAUCUUUCGCGCUAUUCAUCUGUUAUUUUUUAUCUGUGUAGCUGUAAAUAAAGUCGUAUAUAUACCUAUAACACCUGUAACGAAUCAGGCUCUUUUA